GCAGGAUAAGCGGGCGAGGGAACGGAGGUGUAAAUAGAGAUAUAUUCUCUCCCUUUUAUACAUAUAUAUAGAAACACACCUCCACAGAGACAGUCACACGCACGUCUCUAUUUACUUUCUAGCUAGUAUAUGUAUUUAUAUAUGUAAAUAUUUAUAUAAAUAAAACUAUCAAUAUUAACAAUAAUACUACCCGAUCUUUUUUAUUUAAUCCGCUACUGAUAUUACUUCUACACCAACGACAGCACCACUGAUUCGACUACUACCACGCAAACUAUACUAUCACUACUACUUCGACUACUAAUUCUACUUAUUCUGCUACGACCGCUACCCCAGGUGAAGAUGGCAACGUUAACAAACGGGCAGGCUGACACCUCGGGUCUCACCUCGGGACUCGGCAGCGCAGGCACAAACGGGCUUGUGAACGGAUUAAGCCACAGUCCCGGGAGCUGUGCCACUAUUCCCAUGAAGGACCACGAUGCCAUCAAGCUUUUCAUAGGACAGAUCCCCCGCAACCUGGACGAGAAGGACCUCCGACCGCUCUUCGAGGAAUUCGGCAAGAUCUACGAGCUCACCGUGUUGAAAGAUCGGUUCACCGGUAUGCACAAAGGCUGUGCCUUCCUCACGUACUGUGCCAGAGAGUCGGCCCUGAAAGCCCAGAGCGCCCUGCAUGAACAGAAGACUCUUCCAGGGAUGAACAGACCCAUCCAGGUGAAGCCAGCAGACAGUGAGAGCAGAGGAGAAGACAGAAAACUCUUUGUGGGCAUGCUUAACAAGCAGCAGUCAGAGGAAGACGUGCGUCGGCUCUUUGAGUCCUUCGGAAACAUUGAAGAGUGCACCAUCCUGAGAGGUCCUGAUGGAAACAGCAAAGGCUGUGCCUUUGUGAAGUAUUCCUCCCAUGCUGAGGCCCAGGCAGCCAUCAGCGCCCUGCACGGCAGUCAGACCAUGCCACUGAUGCAGCAGCAGGCAGCUCUAAUGGCUUCAGUGACUCAGGGGGGGUACCUCAGCCCCAUGGCUGCCUUCGCCGCCGCCCAGAUGCAACAGAUGGCAACACUCAACGUCAACGGGCUGGCGGCGGCUCCCAUGACCCCAACCUCAGGUGGCAGCACCCCUCCUGGCAUCACGGCCCCAGCAGUGACCAGCAUCCCCUCCCCCAUCGGAGUCAAUGGCUUCACGGGCCUGCCCCCGCCCCAAGCCAACGGCCAGCCCCCCGCUGAGGCCGUCUUCACUAACGGGAUCCACCCCUACCCAGUUUUGCAGGAGAUCAUUUUUAGAGAGGAGUCGGAGAAGCCGGAGCCCGCAGUUUCACACAGGAGUUGUUUCGGGAUGCAGGGGAGCUGCUUCCUGCCUGCUCUGAGCGAAGCACAGAGCCCAACAGCAGCCGACCCCCUGCAGCAGGCCUACGCAGGAGUCCAGCAGUACGCAGCCUACCCUGCCGCGUACGGACAGAUCAGCCAAGCCUUCCCCCAGCCUCCUCCCCUCAUCCCCCAGCAACAGAGAGAAGGCCCGGAGGGGUGUAACCUGUUUAUCUACCACCUCCCUCAGGAGUUCGGGGACAGCGAGCUCAUGCAGAUGUUCCUGCCUUUCGGUAAUGUCAUCUCCUCGAAAGUGUUUGUGGAUCGGGCGACAAACCAAAGUAAAUGCUUUGGGUUCGUGAGCUUCGACAAUCCCGCCAGCGCGCAGGCCGCCAUCCAGUCCAUGAACGGCUUUCAGAUCGGCAUGAAACGGCUCAAGGUGCAGCUGAAGAGACCGAAGGAUGCCAACCGCCCCUAUUAAAAGGCUCUGCGCGUCACAGCUGCCUGACACCAGAGAGACAGGCUUUACGGAGUGGGAACGCAUGUUAAAAGAAGACGAUUUAAUAAACAAUUAAAGAAUCAACA